UACUUACUGAGCCUCCUGUUGAAUUCUGGCCUUGUCAGCUGUUCUGGUUCCGGUCUUUGCUUUCACUAUUUUGUGAAAGGAUCAACAAAAAGGAAGGAAGAGUGAAAGACAGCGAGAGAAAGAGGAGGGGAUAGUGUGAAGAGGUACUCAGUUGCGUUCAGGGACGAGUAGAGAAGAGAACGUUUUUGCUUUCUGCUUCCCUGCGAGUCACACACGAGCUGAGUCAGGAAGGAGAGAGCAGGAGGUAGAAGGCAACUGCUGCCAGCCGCCACACUUGUUCGGUUCUGACCCAGACACUGUGAUCUGACAUUAUGGUUCGGUGGUUCCACAGAGACAUCACUGGCCUGCAGGCCGAGGACAUGCUCAAAACCCAUGGCAUUCACGGCAGCUUUCUGGCCCGACCCAGCAAGAAGAACGUGGGGGAUUACUCCCUGUCUGUCAGGGUGGGUGAGCAGGUGACGCACAUCCGCAUCCAGAACACAGGAGACUACUACGACCUCUACGGCGGUGAAAAGUUUGCCACGCUGUCCGAGCUGGUGGAGUACUACACAGCCGACAACGGCAUUUUGCAGGACAAGGACGGCACCGUCAUUGAGCUCAGAUACCCUCUCAACUGCUCCGACCCCACCACUGAGAGGUGGUACCACGGUCACCUGUCUGGUCCAAACGCUGAGAAGAUGCUGAUUGCUCGAGAUGAGUCUGGGACCUUCCUGGUCAGAGAGUCGCUGUCCAAGCCAGGAGAUUUUGUCCUCUCCUGUCUGACGGACGAGCGGAGCAAAGCAGGAGUGAGGAGAGUGUCCCACAUCAAGAUCAUGUGCCAGAAUGAGAGAUAUACAGUGGGAGGCUCGGACUUGUUUGACACACUAAGCGACUUGGUGGAGUUCUACAAACGCAAAGGCAUCGAGGAGAUCUCUGGCAACUGGGUGCAUCUCAAACAACCGUAUUACUCCACCAGAGUGAACGCAGCCGACAUCGACAGCAGAGUGAAGCAACUGGACCAGACCACACAACUGCAGCAGGAUACUGAGGGCGGGAAAAGCAAGGCGGGUUUCUGGGAGGAAUUUGAUGCUCUUCAGAAGUUGGAGGCAAAGGUCAAAAAGAGUCGAGAGGAAGGCCAGAGACCAGAAAACAAGACUAAAAACAGAUACAAGAACAUUCUGCCGUUCAAUGACACCAGAGUCACCCUACAGGACGCUGACCCCAACAGUGUGGGUUCAGAUUACAUCAACGCCAACUUUGUACGGAACACCUUGAUGGAGUCGGAGAAUCCUAAAGUUUAUAUCGCCACUCAGGGUUGCCUGGCGACAACUGUCAACAACUUCUGGCAGAUGGUUUGGCAAGAGAACACCAGGGUUAUCGUUAUGACGACCAGGGAGGUUGAGAAAGGGCGGAAUAAAUGUGUGCCUUACUGGCCCAACUGUGAGACCUCCAAGGAGGUGGGCUGCUAUGUGGUGACCUCCAAGUUGGAAAGGGAAGCAUCAGAUUACAAAGUCAGAGUCCUGGAGAUUGCACCUGUAAAUAAGCCCAAACAUUCCCGCACCGUGUGGCACUACCAGUACCUGAGCUGGCCUGAUCACGGCGUCCCCCAAGAGCCUGGCGCCAUCCUCAGCUUCCUCACCCAAGUCAACGCCAAACAGGCCGAAUGUCCCGAUGCCGGGCCUAUGGUCAUCCACUGCAGUGCUGGGAUCGGGCGGACAGGCACCAUCGUGGUGAUUGACAUGAUUAUUGAGACAAUUGACACCAUAGGUCUAAACUGUGACAUCGACAUCUCCAAGUACAUUCAGAUGGUGCGGGAGCAGCGCUCUGGCAUGGUGCAAACCGAGGCCCAGUACAAGUUCAUCUACCUGGCCGUUUCUGAGUACAUCCAGACCACCAAGGCCAAAGACGGCGCCUCCAUGGAAGCGGAGACAGAGUAUGAAAAUUUACAAAUCAAACACAUGCCGCCCAGCAGGAACGUCACAAAAAGCAAGGAGGAUGUGUACGAGAACGUGAGCAAAGCAAAGAAAGACAAGAAGAAGGCAAAGUCAGACAAGAGUGGCUCGUUAAAGAGAAAAUAAGAGUUUUAUGAAAGGAGUAUGUUAUUAAGUCAUGAUGUGUUAUUUAUGUUGGCCCGUUUUGUCUCUUUUCACUAGUGGACACCUUUUACAAUACAUUAAGGUGAAUGGUUAAGUAAGACAACACAUCCAACAGACAUAUCACCAUGAAUUUCUGCAAAUUUGAAUAAAUAAGUGGUGAUAGGGCAUGCAGGACAGAAUAAACGGCGCUCAACAUGGAUAUUUACUUUAAGUAAUGUAGAGAUUGUUUUUUAGUUACCUGAAUUCCUGUCUUGUACAAUAAAAAUGAACAUUUGCAAUGACAACCAUUUAAAUAAAAUCUACAAUACAAAUACAUAAUGCCUAAUGAAAUAAUACAUCA